GCUGGAGGAGGAGCGCUGACGCGUCAAGGUCGUGUUUUCAGACGACCUGAAGCUCCCAUGGAGACAUCGCCUCGUCCUUCUGUGACGGCACGUCUCGGCGGGAGCAGCAGCAGCAGCUUUCCUGACUGCUGGGGAGGCCCUUUGAAGGAGCAUAAGCUUCAGCAGGAGGGUAUGACACUCAAGGCAGCUGCCGCUGCGCUUCUGUCUGCCAUUGACUGCGUCGCUGUCGCUGCUUUGAGGGCGGAGCGAGUCACCCGUGCAGCAGCUGCUCGUGCCGCAGCGGCGUCUGCUCGUGCAGCUGCUGCAUCCGCAGUGCCUUCUGCUGCUCCCGCAGCAGCAGGAGAGGCAGCGUCGGAAGAGGACGCUGUUGCCGCUGCGAAAGCCUUCGUGCAGCAGUCUGCAGCGGAGCUCUUAGAGGGUCUUAUUGAGGAGAAGCAUGCGCGACUUCGUGAGGAGGCAGCGCUUUCUUCUUCCUCUCUGAAGGAACUAAACGAAUACGACACACGGUGCGAACUGCGGCGGCUGCUGCAGCUGCAAAAAAUGCUCGGUGUCUCGCCUUCGGCUUUGUUCUUGCAGCAGCAGCAACAGCAGCAGGCUGAGGAGGAGGAGUCGCUUUUUUCGAAGAAGAAGAGGGUUGCGAGAAACUGGAACGAGGCUGCGGCUGCAGAAGCAGGAGAAAAAAAUAUUCCAACAGACGCAGACGAUGCGCGUGCCUUGCUGGUGAGAACUCCGCGAGCGCUCGCAGCGCCUCAUGUUUUGCAUCCCCCAACACCAGCACAAAAUUUUCUCUUCGGCAUGCCGCUGGAGCCGCCUGCCACUGGGGCCCUUUCGCAAGUGCAAAUGCAGCAGCAGCAGCAGGAGGAGCAGCAGCAGCAGCAGCAGCAGCCAGCCUCUACGCCAGUCUUUCCGCGUGUCGCUGCUGCAAAAUACCCCGGAGUUGCGCAGAAAAGAAAACAGCCCUUGAUGAGCCAGCGAUACUGCGCAGCUCCUCCUUCUCUGCCCUCUCCAGGAGUCGCUGUUGCAGCGGCUGUGCUGCAGCAGCAGCUUCAAGCGCCUCCUUCGUGCGUUGCAGUGCUGCUAGCCGAUGCCACCGACUUUGUAGUCGUCCACAUGCAGCGACAGCAGCAGCAGCAAGGACUGCUGCCUCUAGCCAUUCCUGCGGAUGCCUCUGCAGCAGCAGCAGAUCGGCUGCACGCUGGCGCGAAGCGGCAGAUCUCAAGCAGUGACGGCUCCGCAGCCGCAGCAACUGCCGAGGAUGCUGCUGCUGCAGCCAACACGAAGGCUACAGAGUACUCCGUGCAGCUCUUGGCAGAGACACUGCAGCAAGCCGUGCAGUCUGCUACAAGGCCUAUGCAGCUGCUCCUCAUGCGACGAGCCGCCGCAGUUUUCGCUGCCUGCAGCCUCCAUGCAGACACCAGCAAGAAGCAGCUGUACAUCCUGCUGCGUCUGCUGCAGCAGCUCAGUCCGCUGUUCGACUCCGCGGUAGAGCCGCUUGCAGCGGCUACGGGCAGGCAAAUCGUUGCCGAAGAAGAAGCAGCAGCAGCAGCAGCUGCUGCUGCUGCUGGAGUGCUUGCUGGUCAAAAGGCUGUCGCCGCUGCAGCUCUCACCGCAGACGCGCGACGGCAACAACAGCAGCAGCUGCUGCAGCAGCUCCUCUUCCUUGACCUCUCUACAGAAGCAGAAGCUCUCGCACCCUUUCUCGUGACGGCUACAAACGCAGCCAAAGCCUUCUCAGCCUUUGUCUCCCUGUUACCUCCAUCGUCAUCAGUCUGCCCUGCUCCUCCCCGUGCAUUUAUAGGCUGCGAAGAGCAGCAGCAACAGCACCAACAGCAAGAACAACAGCAAGCCCAGCAACAGCAACAACGGAAGAAGCAUGAGAAGCCGCAGGAGGAGCAGCAAGAGCAGCCAGAAGAAUCGUGGAUAGGCUUGGCGGCUGCUGCUUCUCUGGCACGUCUUUUACGAGGACUGCAGGCAGAAGCGGAAGUUCGACUGCCUAGGUGUUUGCUUAGUGCUAAGGGCUUGCAGUUUUUGCAGGCUGUAUUUGAAACCACAGCGCAGUUGCUUCUUUUCCGCCAGUCGGUGCUCACACCCCACAUGGAUGUCUUCUUGUCUGUGGCAGCAGCCAUCUUGCAAAUGGAAGUCGAGUUGCCACGCCUCAAGUUGCCGAAGCCUCUCCUUCGAGCCGUUCUCUCCUUCUUGUUUUUAACUUGCUCGUCACCUCCCACCUUGCUGCUCUCUUGCCUGAAGGCGCUAGUUAGGGCACAUGCUGAAGCCGCAGACAGCACACAAGAAGCGCAAGACAACGCUGCCGAAGAAGAGAAGCUCCACGCCGAAGUGCCAAAAGCGGCCACGGCAGAGGCAGCAGCAAAACUCUUCUUGUCAGCCCUCCUCAGAUACAUUCGACAUAACAUGAUGGAAGCAGCACGCCUCUCAGCUCAAGAGGAGCUUGCCGAAGCUAUUGGUCCUCUUUUCGGGGGAAGUGCCUCCUCAGCUUCUCCGACAACAGCAGCAUCAGCUGCCGCUGCUGCUGCUGCUGCUGCUGCUGCCGCCUCUACCUACAGUCCCCACGACUUCAGCAACAACGGCAACACGCAGCAGAGCAGCAGCGUCUCAGCGCCUUCGCAGGCGGGAGGGGGAGAGGCGCUGACCACUUCAGGAGUAGCAGAAGCGUGGCUUCAACGCGGCAGUUUGAACUCCCGCUUAAUACGUCCUGCUGUAACUCCCCAGCUGCCACUGCACCAUCAACUCGCCGUAGCCAGUCCUGCAGCGCUGCUGCAACGCGACGAGCAGCUGCAGCACGUCGCUGCGGAUGCAAUUGCUGCUGCUGCUGCUACCACGCUCAUAGACAGCGGCGCCGCUGUAGCCGCAACGAGUGAUGCUGCUGCGCUCGAAGACACCGUCUCUCGCCUCCUGCCACGCAAGGAUCUUAAAUGCCCUCGUUCUGCUGCCGCUGCUGCCUUAGACCCACUCGUCGCACAGCAGCCGCAUCUGCACGCCCACAAGCAACAGCAGCAGCAGCACCUGCAGCAGCAAGAGAUGCAGCAACAGCAGCACCCCCAUCCGCAUGCUGCGUCGCAUCAAACGCCUCUAAUGCAGCAGCAGCAGCCGCUGUCUUCUCCCGGCUUGUUGCCUCAGCAGACGAUGCCACUGCCCGCAAUGCCUGUGCAACAACAGCAGCAACAGCAGCAUCUGCAGCCGCAUCACUUCCAACAGCAACAUUUGCAGCAGCAGCAACAUUUACAGCAGCAGCAACACCAUAUGCAGCAGCAACAUCAACACCAUAUGCAGCAGCAACACCAACACCAUAUGCAGCAGCAACAUCAACACCAUUUGCAGCAGCUGCAACAACAGCAGCAGCAGCAGCACAUGCAGCCAGGGACUGUAAGGAGCUCUCCAUACCCCCAACUUGUUGGCUAUGAUGUUAAGCAGCAGCUUCUUGGUCCACAACACAUGCUGCAGCCACAAACACUUCCCUUCGCUGCCGCACCGAUGCAGCAGCAACACGUGAUGCAACCGCAGCAGCAGCAUGCAGGACUGCAGCAGCAGCACAUGAUGCAACCACAGCAGCAGCAGCAGCAGCAGCCACACUUGCAGCAGCUAGAGCAGCAGCAGCAGCCACACUUGCAGCAGCUAGAGCAGCGGCAGCAGCCACACUUGCAGCAGCUAGAGCAGCAGCAGCAACCCCCAGACAGUGAGGAGCCACGAUCUCAUCUUGCUUUUGAUUAUUCGCAGCAGCUAGGUGCUGCAAGGCCUACUUUUCCCACCCUGAGUGCUGCUGGCAAGCCUCCCGAGCAGCGGCAACAGCAGCAUGCAGGACUGCAGCAGCAGCAGCAGCAGCAGCAGCAGCAGCAGCAGCAGCAGCAGCAAGCACCGUGGCUUCUGCAUGUAGCGACAGCAGCAACUGGAGUAGGCAGCGGUGUGGCAGGCGUCUGUCGGCGAGUGUCGUCAGCAGUAGCACAGCCAGCAGCAGCACGCCUCGAAGAGCAUGAAAGCGAUGAGGAAGGAGAGGGCGUCAGCGAUACCACUGCAGUUGCUGUUGGUUGCAUCGGCGCACUUGCAACGAAUUCUCAGCUGUUGCCCCUUUUGCGUCCUCAUCUGCCUUUACUUACCGAGCUCGCGUGGCUUAGAACACCGUUGAGCAACACUCUAUGGGCCGUAGUGGGGGAGUUGCUUCUGCCUGCUAUAGAGCAGCAACAGCAGCAACAGCAGCAGCAGCAGCAGUCAAGCCUCUCCCCGUCUGCACUGAGAGCGCUGGCGAGUCUGGGUGGCUUCCAGGAGACCCUUAGCGUUCGCAAGGUGAUCAGCAAGAAGGGGAGGGAGGCGGCAGCCACAGCGAGCUACGUGAAUGCAGCCGCGCAAAAAGAAAGCGCAGCAGAGGGAGUGGCUUUGACUAGAGGCUCUCACUUGACGGUGAGCCCAGAAGUUCUUUCCCGAAUAAGGGAGGCGAGUGCUGCCGUAGAUACAGCCCAUCCUAAGCGACGUUCUUUCCAUCCUCUGAAAAUGAGUGCAGGUCUAUUGCAGUGGCUUGCUGCACCGGCAGCAGUCGCCCGCUUGAAGGCGUAA